AUGACCGGCGAAUUACACCACGACAUCGAGAAUGUCGACAUCCAUUCACACCCAAGCCGAAGCGUCCGCUCCAGCAGUCAUCCACGGCCACACACGGCCUCUACAGAAGUUGAUCUGGAGAAGGCAUCUGCCGGAACCACCACGAUCCCCGUGAACCAUGGCCGUGGCCGUGGCCGUGACCAUGGCCACCCUCGAGACAACUCGACCCCGAUCUCUCCAGACGCAGACGAGGAAGGGGACAGACACAGGCCGUCGGCAGAACUGGCACGGAUCCACUCCCACGCCUCUCACCACGACAUCCACGCCAUCGCGUCGCACAGCUCGUCGUACGUCGAGGUCAACGCGGCACAGUACGAACGGUUCUCGCCGCGGCGCAAGGUGCUCAUCACGGUGGUGCUGUCCUUGUGCGGGUUCCUGGCGCCCAUCUCCAGCACGACGAUCCUCUCGGCCAUCCCGGAGGUGGCGGGGACGUUCCACACGAGCGGGAGCGUCAUCAACGUGUCCAACGCGCUGUACCUGGUGUUCAUGGGGCUGAGCCCGUGCCUCUGGGGCCCGCUGUCGACCAUCUACGGGCGGCGGUGGAUCUGCAUCGCGACGGCGUGGCUGUUUUUCGCCUUCAGCAUCGGCACCGCGCUGUCGCCCAACCUGGCGAGCUACUUCGUGUUCCGCAUGCUGACCGCCUACCAGGGCACGAGCUUCCUGAUCGUCGGCACCAGCUGCCUCGGCGACAUCUACACGCCGACGGCGCGCGCCACCGCGCUGGGCUGGUUCCUCAGCGGCACGCUCAUCGGCCCGGCCUUUGGCCCGUUCAUCGGGGGCAUCAUCGUCACCUACCGCUCGUGGCGGGACAUUUUCUGGCUGCAGGCCGCCCUGGGCGGCCUGGCCGCCGUGCUCGUCGUGUUCGUCCUCCCCGAGACGAUCCCCGAGAAGAAGAUCGACGAGCUGCGGGAGCUGCCCUCCCGGUCCCGGCGCGCCAGGAAGAUCGCCCACUGGGUCAGCCCGCUCCGCGUCGCCUGGCUGCUGGUCAGUUACCCGAACCUUCUGGUGGCCGGGGUCGCGAGCAGCAGUCUCGUUUGGAAUAUGUAUUCCCUCCUUACUCCGAUUCGUUACGUGCUCAACCCGCGCUUCCAUCUCACCAGCCCGAUCCAGUCCGGGCUGUUCUACAUCGCCCCGGGCUGCGGCUACCUCAUGGGCACCUUCGUCGGCGGCCGCUGGGCCGACCACAUCGUCAAGCGGUGGAUCCGCAAGCGCGGCGGCCGGCGCGUGCCCGAAGACAGGCUGCGGAGCUGCUACGUCUUCCUCGGCGGCGUCAUCCCGGCCGCGAUGCUCGUCUACGGCUGGAGCGUCGACCGGGCCGUUGGCGGCGUGCCGCUGCCCGUGGCCGCCAUGUUUGUGCAGGGCGUCGCGCAGCUGUUCUGCUUUCCCAGCCUCAACACCUACUGUCUCGACGUCAUGCAGGCCAAGGGCCGGAGCGCCGAGGUCGUCGCAGGGAAUUACAUGAUCCGCUAUGUCUUUGCCGCCGCCGGCAGCGCAGUCUGUCUCCCCGCCAUCGAGAAGAUAGGCGUCGGCUGGUUCAGCACCGUCUCGGCCGCGUUCAUGGUCCUCAGCGCCAUGGCCCUGUGGACCGUCACGGUCUGGGGAGAGGGGUGGAGAAAAGCCGUCGACGCAAAGAAGAAGCGGAACAAGGUCCUUGCCAGGGAAUUGGAAAGGGAUAACGAAGAAGGCCUGCAGAAGGUGUGA